AUGAACACCAACGAUGCAAAGGAAUAUCUCUCCAGAAGGGAGAUACCUCAACUCUUUGAGAGUCUGCUGACUGGUCUGAUGUACUACCGCCCAGAUGACCCUUUAGAAUAUCUAGAGACAUGCCUUAAGAAAGUGAGGGAUCUUGGUGGGACUGACAAAGUCCGGUGGGACACGUUCGUCGGGCAGGAGAAAAAGUCAUUACCGCCUCUCAAUGGUGGACAGUCACGCCGAUCCUUUUUCCGAAAUGUUCUCCCUGACAGUCCCAACUUUCCUUAUCGGCGGUAUGAGCGCCUCCCACCCAUCAAUCAGUUUUCCAUCGAGAGUGACUCAGAUUUGUCUGAGACAGCAGAGCUCAUAGAGGAAUAUGAAGUUUUUGACCCAUCUCGACCCAGACCCAAAGUCAUCCUCAUUAUAGGUGGCCCAGGCAGCGGUAAAGGUACACAGUGUCUGAAGAUUGCCGAGCGCUAUGGCUUUGAAUAUGUCUCAGUGGGAGAGCUACUCAGGAAAAAGAUGAUCCACAAUGCCACCAGCAACAGGAAAUGGAGCCUGAUUGCUAGGAUAAUCACCAAUGGGGAACUGGCACCACAGGAAACCACCAUAACUGAGAUCAAGCAGAAGAUCAUGAAGAUUCCCGAGGCCAGCGGUAUAGUUAUAGACGGCUUCCCGCGAGAUGUGGGACAAGCACUUUCCUUUGAGGACCAGGUCUGUACUCCAGACUUGGUGGUGUUUCUGGCUUGUUCUAAUCAGCGUCUGAAGGAGCGCCUGGAGAAACGAGCAGAACAGCAGGGUCGCCCAGACGACAACCCUAAAGCUAUCGAUCGACGCUUGACUAAUUUCAAACAGAAUGCCAUCCCCCUGGUUAAAUACUUCCAAGAAAAAGGCCUCAUCGUCACACUUGAUGCAGAUCGAGAUGAAGAGGAAGUCUUCUAUGACAUCAGCAUGACAGUUGACAACAAACUGUUCCCCACCAAAGAACCUGUGGCAGGACCCAGUGAACUCGACCUCAGUCUGAUCGCAGACAGCAGCAGUCUGACAGAUGUACCUGCCAAAUUUGAUGAGCAGGCUGAUGAAGAGGUGGCUGAAUAUGCAGAGGCGAUUGGAGAAAGUUUUCCAAUGGAGACCAAGAAGUCAAAGGUCAUCUUUGUGAUCGGUGGGCCAGGAUCAGGGAAAGCUCUCCAGUCAGAAAAGAUAGAAGAGCGGUACAGUUUGAAGCGGCUGUGUCCCGGGGACAUCCUGUGCAGUGAGCUGCAGUCUCACAGCGAGAGAGGACGCUUUCUCCGAGACCUUCUGGAAAGAGGAGAGCAGCUUCCCGAGGACACACUGCUGGAUCUGUUGUGUGAGGCCAUGGCAUCUACUGUACGUCAGGGAAAGGGCUUCCUGGUAACAGGCUUCCCGAAGAAUGAGAAGCAGGCGCAAGAAUAUGAAGCCAAGAUGGGCCAGCCAGACAUAGUUCUGCUACUUGAAUGUUCUGCAGACAUCAUGAGUCGACGGCUACAGCAGAGGGCCACCUGCAGCCUGCACAGUAAAGAAGCCCGAGACAGAGAUACUCGCCGUAGAGUAGACGGGUUCUGCAGCCUGAUCAAUCCUGUGGUCGCUCACUAUCAACACAGAGAAUUUUUCCAUAAGAUUGAUGCUGAACAGCCCCCGGAAGACGUCUUUGAGCACAUCUGCGUGGUCUUAGACUCCUGCUAG